CAGAUAUAAGUAUUGUCCUUUAUUUCUAUAAUAACUGUUUUAUGACCAAGCUAUGAGAGCUAUAUUCAUAUCUUCAUUCAACUUCGACUACCUGGAGUUCUAGUGUGAGGUCGUGAUCAGCGAGGUCCACUAAGUCAGGUAAGAGAACAGUUACUCGCCUAUGAUAUUGACAGUGAUUGGAAUUUAUGAGCUACUGGAUUGGAUCCCAUUAGCUGCAUGGUCUGUGAGCUUGCCGUGUAGCCGGAGGGUCCUUGGUUCUGUCCGCGACGGGCAUGUGCUGAUGAGAAGUCCCAAACUAGUACGAAACAGUUGUCUAGUACGCUUUGCUGAUUUUCCAAUGGUUCCACAACUGAUAUUGGCUCGUGAUCAAACCUGUGACUGAUCUAAUCCUUGCAAAUCAACUCUGACAUUUACAUUUAAUAUAAAAGAACCCCAAAAGAAUCCAAUCAUAUUAAGAAGAUAGCAAGUUAAAGAAAAGGCAUCGGUGAACGCACAUACACAACUACAACGUAUUACAUCCUAUUAACUGAAUCAAGUGUGUUAUGUGAUCAUCAUCUUGUGCAUACUACAAACGCAUACACAUAAACGCGCGCACGCACACACCAUCAUAUAUAUGCAGAUACAAGAAGUAAAUACACAAUUAGACGAUAUAAUGAUCCCUGUUAUACCAUUGGAGGAUAUAUCUUCGUUUAAUAAUAUUAAAAAUCAUAAUAAUAAUAAAUCAUCUGUAGAUGAAGAAGGAGAAAUGCCUAAUUGUCAAGAGAAGGAAUUUCAUCAAAUGAGCCUUAAUGUAUCAUUGUCAUCACCAUCACCGUCACCAUCGGCAUCCUCAUUAUCUAGACAAGAUAAUAUGCAUAAAAUAUCAACUGGAAAACAUGAAACUGGAUUUACUACACUUUAUAAUGGUGAUGUUUAUCAUUGUCAAACACCUGCGAAUUCUUCAGUUUCUACAUCAUCAUCUUCGUCUUCGUCGUCGUCGUCAACAUCGUCUUAUUCUAUCUCCUCUACACAUAUGCCUAACAAUACACUGGAUGAGAAUGCACUAAAAGUGGAUAGUAGUUGUGAUUUAAAAACCGGUGAUCAUUCUACACAGCCUUAUUAUUCGCAUGUAUCGCCAACAUCUUAUCACUCACCAGCACCAUUCUGGUAUGAACCAGCUGCUAUAGCUGCAAAUAAUGCCUGUGAUUAUACAAUUAAAAUUACUCUGGAAAUGGCUAAAUCUGGUCAAGCGCCUAGACCAGUUCGGGUGUAUGCCGACGGAGCCUAUGAUAUGUUUCAUUCUGGUCAUGCUCGUCAAUUAAUGCAAGCUAAAUGUGCCUUUCCAAAUACUUACCUAAUCGUAGGUGUCUCUAAUGACGCUGAUGUACAUCAUUACAAAGGUAGAACGGUUAUGAAUGAAAAAGAGCGUUAUGAAGCUAUUCGGCAUUGUCGGUAUGUAGACGAGGUUAUAAAUGAUGCACCUUGGUCUAUAACUAAUGAUUUUUUACAAAAACAUAAGAUUGAUUUUGUUGCACAUGAUGACAUUCCUUAUGCAUCGCCUGACAGUGAAGAUGUGUACAAACCACUCAAAGAUGCUGGCAUGUUUCUAGUAACUCAGCGUACAGAGGGGAUUUCAACUACUGAUGUGAUCGGUCGUAUUGUACGUGACUAUGAUGUUUACCUAAGAAGGAAUAUUCGACGAGGACUGUCAAGAAAAGAUUUGAAUAUUAGUUAUAUGAAGGAAAAAAGUAUCCGACUACAGAAUAAUCUGGAGACAAUGAUGAAACGUGGAUCAACAUUUAUUCAAAAUUUUGAUAGUAAACGUCGUGAAUUUGUCGAUCAAUUAGAGGAUAUUUCACAUGAAGUUGUUCGUUCAUUUAUGCGUAUUUUUGGAUCAGAUGGUCAUUUACGUCAUUGGUGGUCAUCGCGUAAACGUGCAAUAUCAAAUUCAGCCUUUUCAUCUCCACGAACAUCACCAACUUGUAGUGGAAGUGAUGAAGAUGAUGAUGAAUCGCAGCAACCGUAUAAUAAAAAACCAAGAAAAUGUUACAGUAUGAUCUAUGGUCCUCGUUCGUGUAGUAGUUCAGUCACAGAUUCUGAUGAACAGACCAGUGAACGAAAAACACUGUCAAGUACAGAUGAACCACGUGGUGAUUACUCACCGUCAAUAAACGAUAGUCGAAGACAAUUAAUUACACGACAAGGAUUUAAGAAUAAUGAAUCAAGAUUACGCAGAAAUAGUUAUCGUAGCCUCCGAUCUACAGGGAGGAGUGAAUCAUUCCUUAAAAAGAAAUAAUCAUUCUCUCAGGUUUCUUACAAUCAUUGAUUGGUUGAUUGAUCGAUUCUUUGAUUUGUUUAUUUGCUCACUUGUUCACCACAAUUCACUUGUUAUAUUGAUAUAUAGUGGAACAACUUGGUUUUCUCCUAUAUACACUGUCUCUCUCUCUCUCCUGAUUUACAUUUUUGCCUUUAAUAGUUUGUCAUUUUGAAUCGAGUUUUUUUGUUUUUGUUAUUGUGUGGAUCUUUUGAUUGAACGACAUUCACCGUUCACUUCUUUCUUUUCUUCCUCUAUCUUCUUAUCAUCAAAUCUGCAAUAUACAAUAACAACAGAUGGAAUUCUUGUAUACUGUGAAAGUCUUUCUUUUAUUAUGAUUACUAUUAUCAUUGUUAUUAUUUGUUGUGAUCAUUGGCGUUGUAAUGAUCGUCAUAUGGAAAGACGAUUGGACAAGAGACUAAAGAAUGCUCUAUCUCCCAGUACCUCGCCAAAAAACCGAUUUAUUUCUGUACUAUUUUCUUUUUCUGUAUUCUUGUUGAUUAACUGAAGAAAGAAAACGUGUUUUCGUCUUAUUUUCCUCAAGUAAAGAAAAAAAGUCACUCACCACUUUAUACGUGUGCAGUAAUAAAUAAAUCCUGGUGUUGUUUC